AUGGCAGGGAAAACCAAAGGAGUCGGAUUGGAAAAUAGUGUAGAAGUGAAUUCACUGAAGGCCCUUUUCAAAGAGGACAUGCCAUCACCAUCAACAUUUAAUGAAGAAUUCCAACAGUGGAAAUUGUAUUGGACGGACCAGACAGAUAAGCCCACCACCCUUUCAACUGCUAUCAAGGAACAUGAUGUGGAACAUUUCCAAUUACCUCCCGUUGAUGGUAGUUUGACAGCAGAAGAUGUCAAAUAUGUCGGGCACAUCGUCUCAGAGAAUGGGAUAGAGUCGUAUCCGGAGAAGGUUGAGCAAGUGACAGCAUGGCCACGUCCUGAGAACUCGGAUGAUCCUUUCUGUCUACACACAGAUGCUUCUGGACUUGGUUUAGGAGCCGUUCUCUACCAACAACAGGACGAAGUGAAGAGAGUAAUAGCGUAUGCCAGUCUCGGGUUGUCCAAGGCAGAACGAUGCAUCCAAUACCGACCCAGUGUCAACAAUGUCGAUGCUGACGGAAUGUCCCGCCAUCCCUGUCUGCAGAAUGAGGAGGAAAUUGUCAUCAUUUCCGAGGAUGUCAUUAAGGCAAUAACUAAAGGAAUCUCGGCCUCGCCAUACAUAGAAACCAUCGCCAUGUCCGCACAAGUUAUUUGUGAUAAGUCUUCAUCUUCUGCGUCCCAAUCUUUACCGGAACUCCAAGAGAUUCAUUCGGACCAGGGUCCAAACGUUACAAGUCAUCUGAUGAAGGAGCUCUGCAUAAUUACCGGAAUAGAGAAGUCGCGCACAUCUCCGUACCAUUCCAUGGGAAAUGGCGUAUUUGAGCGCUUUAAUCGUACUUUCCUCGGAAGGCUCGGAACUCUUUCACCAGAACAGAAGAAGGACUGGUAA